CGUCACUUCCAAAUUCAUCCAGUAAACGCCACUCACAUUGUCAUAUGUAAAUAAACAAAAUAACAAAAACUUCAAUCAACGACCUGAACGAUCUAUAAAAGGACAGCUUAUGGGAUAUAGCCCGGCUCGAUUUUACCUGUCAUAGUAAUCACCUCAGAUCCCGUAUCUCAAUAUUGUCCCCAACGUUACUACAUACUGUUCAGCUCAGCUCAGCUCAGCUCAGCUCAGCCCACUCAUUCACUCACCAUGGCAUCAUCAUCACAAAAAGGAAAAGACGACAUCGCCUCCACCAUUUCAAAACUCAGCAUCAGCUCCGGCAAAAAACCAACAGCAUCCAAAAAGGCCAAAGAGCCCGUCGCAGACUCAUGGGAGGACGAAGAUGUAUCCGAUGAAGAAGCAGCAGCAAAGGGGGAAGAGAUAGAAGAAGAAGAAGAAGUGGACGCAGGAACGUCAACGCCAUCAUCGCUGGCAACGCCAGCGGUCCCUCCCCCAACACCCGCCUCGCCGCUGGGCUAUGAAUCCCCCCACGAGUGGGCAUCCCUAACCAGCCAGAGCCAGAGCCCAUUGGCGACGUCGGCAUCCGGCACAGGCAGCGGCAGCGGCACGCCUCCCGCAAGGAGGCCCGAGAAGACGGACGCGGUGGCGAGGCGCCUGAUCGCGGCGGGCCUGGGCAUGAAGGCGCCCAGGCAGACGGAAGAGCAGAGGGCGUAUCAGCGGUCUGUGAGGGAGCAGGAGAAGAAGAGGAGGGAGGAAGCCAAGGCGGAGGAGGAGAGGAGAAAGACGGAGGCAGACAAGGCGAAGAUGGCUGUGUGGGAGGAUUGAGGCCUCCCUCUUUGUUUUGGGCCAUCAGGAGUUUUUGAUUUUUUUUUAUAUGGUUUCAAUUUCACUACAUUGUGAAGGUUUGGAAAGGAGACAUAUGUGAUUACUUGAACGAAGGCUGAUGGUUUACUUGAGGUUGGUGGUGUGCUGAGAGUUAGAGAUGAGAGUGAGGCGGUUUAUAAAAGAUGGAUAUUUGAUAUAACCCAUCUUCACUUAGCUAUUCACGAGGCUAAAUACAUGU